AUGGCGAGCUUAAAGGCUGACGACAGUAAACCUACCGCGACCCCCGCGACUUCUAACGAUAUACCUCAUCCCAAGCCGCAGUCCCAACCAAACUCACCAUCGCAGUCGAGGGCGUCGGAACCUAAUGCAAAGGAAUAUUAUGGCUAUCUUUUUAAUGGAAAAUUACCGACCCCUAUCCUCGAUGCGCUACUCCGCGCCAUUGGAGAAUAUAUUUCUGCCAAUAUUGGCGAUACUAAUGGUCAUGAACUAACCCCGACAAAAUUAGCCGCCUUUUAUCGUGCUGUCGGUGGUGACUAUGACCAGCUCUUUCUACAAUGCCCUUAUAAAUCUAUAUCUUACAUUUGGCAAGCUCUGGGCGUUCAGCAUACUUUGCAACCGGCCGAGAAUCCCUUCGAAGCACCCAAUGUUCCGGCCUUAACAUUGAAUGGGUUUGUACGAUGGGAGACGAUCCAGCUUCUCUUAGAACCCCAAGAACACGUACCAUUCAUGCAAUUCGCUGUGCGCAAUUGGGCCCUAGUACACCCCGACACCGGAAAACCCUUUCCAAUUGAUCUACCAGCAGAGGCCUUUCCAGCCGAAUGCGAUCCCGAGACAGAUGCCUGGCAUAAGGAAUGCGCGCGAAAGCUACGGGAAGACGCUACUCCUAAAGAUGAACACCCACCUAAACGACGUGACUCUGAACCUCGGAUCCAUACCACCUUCACGCAUGUGCGAAACCCUCAAAGCAAUACCACCACGCCUCGCCAAAGACCGGAAAUGGAUUAUUUUCAACGGGAACGGCCUGUUGCGUAUGCCCAUGUGUCGAGAAGUAAUUACGCCGACCCCUAUUUUUCCAGGAACGCACCACCAAGGCAGCGACGGAAGAGCAGCAGCCACAGCCACAGCGGCAGCAGUUCUCUUGGUGGUAGAAGUAGUAGUUCGCCGGAUCGGCCGCCUCGACCGCCUCGACGACCAAGCUUUUCAGAGGUUCGCCGUUCCGAGAUGGAUGAUCCCCGUCCUUCGAGCCAUCUUGAUCCUCGCCGUCCGCAUAUUCCACAUCGCCAUAGCCAAUCAAAACCCUAUUCCGCCUCGCCAUCGGAUUCCGACUCGGAUGUAUCGCCUCGACGUACUAGCUCCAAGUCGCGAGCACAUGGUCCUAUACCGGCUCCCCCUAUCAUACGCCGUAUGCCAGUUGUGACUCCUAUAACACCACCUAUUCCUAUUCGUUCCCACCGUAGCGAAAUACGGCCGGAUGUACGGUCGGAUGAUGUUCGCAGAAGAAGCUUGCCAUCGGAAAUAAAACAGAAGUUUACUUCCUUUCUUUCAGGAUCUUCUGAGCGACAACGAAGCAAUUCCCGCGAGAAGCGCCAGCCGCCAAAUGUUGCGCCAACUGUGCGCUUUCGGAGAGAGCAUUCGUCACGACUCAGCCGAAGUGUUUCCGGGGAGUCAUAUCCUAGCGACGAGUCUGAAGCAGGGGUUUCUAAAUAUCCACUACGACGCGACCGCGAGCAUGAACGGGAACGGAUCCGCGAUCGAGUCAUUGAAAAGGAACGCUUGAGGGAGCGUGAACGAGAAGAAGAGUUAGAGAGGAGAAGAAGUCGAGAAAGGGCAUAUCUACGACCAGCAGAGCCCAGAAGAGCGAGCAGCCAUACGGAUCUUGACAGGAGAAAUAGAGACUACACCUGGGAUCGCAGGGAUAGGGAUCGAGAUUCCGAUUUUGAUUGGGAUGGGAGAAGAGUUGUCACAGCUGACGAAAGGGAUUCGCGAGACCGAAGACGGUAUAAAGAUCGCAGGGAGAGUCCUAUAUUAACGGGUGUUGGUGGUAGGCGGUAUCCUGGAGAACCGGGUUGGAAAUAG